GGACAUUUUACGAUAGUAUAAAGUCCAAUAAAGUGCGUAUUUUAUGCUUGAGUUGUGGAUUUUCACAAAUCAUUAUUUUUUGAUAUUGAACUGUUACCUGUUGAACAAUGGUGCGAUCGUGUUAUGUGUGCAAGAUAAACAGCAGUAAUCCAGAAUCGGCCAAUUUAUCAUUCCAUCGCUUCCUGACGAGUUUAUAUGAAUAUAUAUCCAUCACUAGCAGUAUGAUACAAUUUAAAGAUGUUCUGGGUGUAGUUCAUCAAGUACAAAAAUAUCCACAUACACAAUCUUCAUGCAACUUAAGUAAACACUCCCAUCUGACCCAGCAAAGCGCAUUUUAUGGAUUUCACUGCUUGGCAUUGACUGGGAGAAAACGUUGCCGAAAGUGGCACUGAUAUGCAGCAAACAUUUUCAUGAUAGGGACUUUGAAUAUGAUUCUGCUGGAAGAAGGCUUUUGAAGGAUGGUGCUGAACCAGUAGAUGUUCGCUCCAUACAUGAUGAGCAGGAGUAUGCAAGCUCUGAUUCAACAGUGACACUUACUCCAUCAAAGGAAUCAAGCUCAGAAGCCCAUAGCAGUCAAGGGAGCCCUGUCAGAAAGCGAUUGAGAAUGGAAGAGUUAGCUAUACCAGGGCCUUCCCAUGUGGUCUCAAGUCAUAUUCCUUUUCCUGAUGAAGCUUCUAAGAUGGUAGAGCCUCCAGAAAUUUUGCAGUCAUUCACAUCAUCCAGUACUGCAACUGCUUCUGAACAGGAGUAUCAAUUGGCAAUUAGAGGCAAUGUCACCAAACGAAAUGUCAGAACACCACGUAAAAUAAGGCUAAAACGUUAUGUUGGAGAUUUAUCAAGUGAUGACUUUUCCACUCCCAGAAAAUCAAAGUCAAAUUAUCGGUUGAUGAAAAGUUCCCUAAUGACAUUGAGGAAAAAAGUAAAAAGUCUCCAAACAAGUGUUGCUGCUUUGAGGAGAAGAAUAAAAACUCUAAGUGGCUUAUUGAAACUUUUGAAGCAGAAGAAUCACAUAACAGAUUCAGCUGAAACUGUAUUGAAGGUAAGCAGAUUGAUGAAGACUGUGUGUCCCAGAUACCCGAAUUCAUUUGAAUGGAGCAAUUGAUCAACUUUUUUUUUCAAUAUAAUAAUUUUCAUUACAACACACACACAACACUCAACUUGUAAUCUUGCUCAUUGAAAAUAAGCAUUAUCAUCUUAUCACUUUUGCACAUAUAGCUCCAUGAUUUUUUUCUUUUAAUUAU